AUGACUUCUCCGGUUCUCGUUUUCGGCCCCACUGGAGGGGUGGGUGGCGCUGCUGCCAUUGAAGCACAUAGGCGCGGUGCCACAGUCUAUCUUGCUAUGCGGGACACGAAGAAAGGGUUGAAGGGAAUUGAAGGAGACGGAAACAACUACGUCCGCGUUCAAGCUGAUUUAGCCAAGCCCGAGACGAUCAAACACGCCGUCGAGACAUCCGGUGCAAAGACAGCCUUUGUGUAUGUCGUACAUGAGAUCCAGGACGGCAUGCGACGCAGCUUCGAAGCGCUGAAGGAGUCCGGUAUAACAUAUGUUGUACUCUUGUCUUCGUUCAAGGUCAAAGAUCCCCUAAACUCAGAGACCAACAAGAAGGACAAGAUAGCCGCUUUCCAUGCCGCGGCUGAAGGCGCACUGAGAGAGACGGGCAUCACAUACACGGCCGUACGACCCGCGUGGUUCAACACCAACAUAUUUUGGAACCUUGGUGACAUUAAGAAGGGCGAAGUCGAGCUCCUCUAUCCCGACGUAGUGUAUGACUACCUCGCCCCUUCAGACAUCGGCACGGUGUGUGGUGCACUUCUCACAGUGCCACGUUUUGAGAAGGAAGCGGGACAGUCUAUCUAUUUGUGCGGUCCAAAGAUUAUGAACCAACGUGAAGGCUUUGGUGUUGUUAGCAAAGCAUUGGGAAAGGAGAUCAAGAUCAAAGAGAUUGACGAGGAGAGGUAUUUCGAGAAGUUUGGCUACAUUCCCAGGCCGAUACUCGACACACUGGUGCAGGGGAUGAGAGAAAGCAACGCGGGGAGCGACGCUUACAGUGAGAUCUAUGAGAAGGGGGCGGAGAAUGUGAGGAGGUACACGGAACGGGAGCCGACACAGUUUGAAGAGUGGUCUCGCUGUUCUUCCUGCUCAAACCACCGAUACCUGUCAACUGAGAAAUCGAAACAUUACUAUCGCAACGUCCAAACCCACCGGACCGGCGCCAUGGCAGCGACAGUCCAAGCAUCGCCGCCAGCGCCUCCACUACCGACGAAACACGUGCCAAACGAUGCGCAUACGCCGACUUGUCCUUCGUGUGGCAGCAGUAUAGACAUGAUGGAGCUCCAAGACGCGAGGCAAAGGAUAGACGAGCUCGAGGCACAGAUGGAGCGCUUAAAGGAGAAGGCAACCGCAGCUGUGGACAGGUGCGCCGACUACGAAGACCAGAUACGCAGCCUCCAAGCAACCCCCCACAACGCCCCUAGCCUGCCCCGUACCCAAACCUCGCAAUCCGACAUCGUCAACCCAACCUCUCGCCCCUCCGUCGACGCCGAUCCCCCACGUCCCACAACGUCAAGCUCCACAAAGGCCUCCCGUUUCUCUUUCAUCACAAGCCGCUUCCCGUCGCCCGCCAAUGCCACAUCUAUGCCCCCGCCUCCCCCACCCAAAGAAGCAUCCACCGCUCCACCCGUCGACUACACGCUACUGAAUGAGCUGGAGCGCGAGCGUGCCCUACGCGCCAAGGCCGAAGCACGCGUCCAGACGGUGGAUUCGGAGAUUGAAGAGCUGAGCGUUCAGCUCUUCAGUCAGGCAAACGAAAUGGUUGCCGAAGAGAGACGGGCGAGAGCCAAGUUGGAAGAGAGGGUUGAGACUCUGGAACGCAGGGACAGGGAGAAGAUGGGGAGGCUGGAUCGUCUGGAGAAGGCCGUGAGCAGGGUGGAGAGAGUCAAGGCGCUGCUGGGCGACAAGGAAGACAUGAAGAGACAGACGAUUGACAGCGGGUUGCUAUCACCGCCGGCUAGGAGGUAA